AGGCGCCCUGAGAAUCUGAGCACUUCCUGUAAAGAUGGCGGCGAGCAGAGGGUGUACGGGACUGUGGAGGACAUGCAGCAUGUUGUUACCUAGACCCCCCCUCCUGUUCCCCGCUGCUGUCCGACCACAGAGCUCCGUGAGCGGGGAACUGGUGCCCCGGACCUCGUUGUCCAGGCCGCCGUGGCCGCAGCAGACGAGCCUGCUGUCGGAGGAGGAGGAGCGGGGCCGACACGCAGCGGUGGUGAGCACCGUGAACCGGCGGAUCCACCAGCAGGACUUCGGCCGGCUCUUCGCCGUGGUGCACUUCGCCGGGCGUCAGUGGAAGGUCACCGACGAGGACCUGAUCCUGAUCGAGAACCACAUCGAGGCGGAGUGCGGGGAGCGGAUCCGGAUGGAGAAGGUGCUUCUGGUCGGAGCGGAGGACUUCACCCUGAUCGGCAGGCCGCUGCUGGGGAAGGACCUGGUCCGGGUCGAGGCCACCGUGCUCGAAAAGACCGAGUCCUGUCCCAAAGUCCACAUGCGGUUCUGGAAGAGACACCGGUUCCAGCGCAAGAGGAUCAUCGUCCAGCCGCAGACGGUGCUGAGGAUCAACAGCAUCGAGCUGGCCCCCAGACUGGCAUGAUGAGGAGGACUGGAUCAUUCCACACAGACUGUGGGUUUAUUUCUUCUGAGUGAUUAUAAACAUGUUAAAAACAUGUCAGGAUCAGUGAGUCUGUUCACGACUUUCAGAGUUCUUUUUUUUUUUUCAACCUCAGCAAAGAAGGACUGAAAAUGUUGAGUUUAUUCCUGUAAAUAAACAAUGUUCUGCA